AUGACAUCAACCAUCCUCCCUGGGGACAUACUUCAAUUAUCACAGCCCAAUGCUCCUAAAUUAGGGCCGAACCUCCAUCUACUUACAUCACAGGCCAAAGCACAAGAGUCGCAGGAGCCGACCUCACAAAUAAUCGCAGCCUCGCAGGCGGGGCUUCUCUCAUCCGACAACAAGCGGAAUGCAACAACUUCAAUCCUCCCGUUUCCCAGUACACGCUAUAUACCAUGCCAGAAUGACCUGAUAAUUGCCCAGAUACACCAUUCGAGCCCGGAUUUCUUUCACUGCAUAAUAUCUCCUAACUCACCACAUGCAUUCCUCGGUCAACUCGCCUUUGAAGGAGCAACAAAGAAGACAAGGCCGCAACUUAAGGCUGGCGAGCUAGUUUAUGCACGUAUUCUAUCUGUGGGCGUUGGUGCAGGCGGAGAGGUAGAACUUACUUGCGUCAACCCUGCCACCGGAAAGGCAGAGCCUGAUGGCCUAGGGUCCUUGCAUGGUGGGAUGGUGUUUGAUGUUUCUACUCUGUUUGCAUCUAGGUUAAUGAUGACCGGCCCGGAAAGGAAAGAUGGCGCUGGACCCGGCGGUGUAAUUGUUUUGGAAGAGUUGGGGAGGAAAUUUGAAAGUUAUGGUGGGUUUGAAAUCGCUGUCGGGAGGAAUGGGAAAGUUUGGGUUGACAGCUCUGCAGAAGGUGACGUUGGGGUUAUAAUGGUGGUGGCUAUUGGGAGGUGUCUGAGAGAGACGGAUGAGAAGAGGCUGGAUGUUGUGGAACAGAAGAAACUGGUUUUGCGGGUGUUGAAGGAGAUAGGGGUAGGAAAAUGA